AUGAAUUUUUACCACCCACACGGAGAGAGCGACGCACCGGAGGCCCUUCUUCCUUCCUCUGCUUCAUCCGAGGCGUAUGUUGACGAGGAGGCUCCAGAGGAGAUAGAGGAGGGCGACGACGAGCAGGCGGUGGAUUACCCUCUGCCUCCCCUUCCACCCGUUCCCGCCCCCACUCACGUCAACGGCAUUCCCGCCAAGGAGGUCUAUAGCAUCCUUAGGGAGCUCCGACGCCAGAUCGAUGACCCGCUCGAAAAGGACCGCGCCAAGGCCAUGCUGCAAAGCGACCCCAACGUCCUUUUGGCCGUCGCGCAGGUCCUGCAAGAGGCCGACCUCCUCCAGCGAAGCCACGUGGAUGAUCAGGGCAACGUCGUCCAGCAGCGUGUCCCACACCCGGAGGCCCCGAUGCCGAUGCUGCCCCCUGGAUACACGAGCUGGAUUGUGGAACAAGGCGGUCCUUAUAAUCGAGGCCGCAUCUAACAAACGACAUUCACCGAACGGCACGGCUUUGCGGUGCAGGCUAGGUAAGGCGGAUGCGUACGUCUCUUUUGGUGAUGUUUUUUCUUAUUGUUGUUGUUGUUGCUUUUAAUUGUAGAGUUGUCUAAAUGACUUCAUGUUUCAUCAGAAAACAUUUUAAAGCGAAAAGUCCUUUCAUAUUAUAUAUUUCUGAGAAGGACUAGUUAAUCUGUAUUUUUAUGAUUAUUGAGAUU